AUGAGUCAAACGGCCAAUUCCUGCCAGCAGCUGGUUGAGAACUGCCCGGCGCCCGUGGCGGGGAUGGCACAGGAGGACGGUCGCCGCGGGCAAGUGCCACCCACCUUCUACCACGGGGCCAGCCAGGAGCUCGACCUGUCCACCAAGGUGUACAAGAGGGAGUCAGGGAGCCCCUACUCUGUGCUGGUGGACAGCAAAAUGAGCAAACCCCACCUCCACGAGAGAGAGGAGCAGCCUUAUUUCAGGGAGAACAGAGCGGUAGGAGAGGUCCGGGCUGUGAAAGAAGACAGAGAAAACUCUGACGACUCUGAGGAGGAAGAGGAGGAGGAAGAUGAAGUGACUUACAAAAGGGAGCAGAUUAUAGUAGAGGUAAACCUUAACAACCAAACCUUAAAUGUAUCAAAAGGGGAGAAGGGUGUCCCCUCCCAGUCCAAAGAGACUGCUGUUCUUAAGACCAGCAGUGAGGAAGAGGAGGGUGACAGUGGGGAAGAGGCCACUGAAGACAGUAAUGAUUAUGAGGAAAAUGAGAGGCAGAAGAAAAAAGAGAAAAGAGUGGAAAAAGUUAGUGUUGCACAAAGGAGAACGAGGAGAGCUGCCUCUGCUGCAGCAGCCACCACCUCCCCACCACCCAGAACUACAAGGGGUCGUAGAAAGAGUGUGGAGCCCCCCAAGCGUAAGAAGAAAACUGCAAAGGAGCCCAAGGCACCUGUGCAGAAAUCAAAGUGUGAAGAGAAGGAGACUUUAACCUGUGAGAAGUGCCCCAGGGUGUUUAACACACGCUGGUACCUGGAGAAGCACAUGAACGUCACUCACAGGCGAAUGCAGAUCUGCGACAAAUGUGGGAAGAAAUUUGUGCUAGAAAGUGAGCUGUCCCUUCACCAGCAAACUGACUGUGAAAAAAAUAUCCAGUGUGUUUCCUGUAACAAAUCCUUCAAGAAGCUCUGGUCCCUCCAUGAACACAUCAAGAUUGUCCAUGGAUAUGCAGAGAAGAAGUUCUCCUGUGAGAUCUGUGAGAAGAAGUUCUACACCAUGGCCCACGUGCGGAAACACAUGGUUGCACACACCAAGGACAUGCCAUUUACAUGUGAAACCUGUGGAAAGUCCUUCAAGCGCAGCAUGUCCCUCAAGGUCCAUUCCCUGCAGCACUCGGGGGAGAAACCCUUCCGCUGUGAGAACUGUGAUGAGAGGUUCCAGUACAAGUACCAGCUGCGCUCCCACAUGAGCAUCCACAUUGGGCACAAGCAGUUCAUGUGCCAGUGGUGUGGCAAAGACUUCAACAUGAAGCAGUACUUUGAUGAGCACAUGAAAACACACACUGGAGAGAAGCCCUUCAUCUGCGAGAUCUGCGGGAAGAGCUUCACCAGCCGGCCCAACAUGAAGCGGCACCGGCGGACGCACACGGGGGAGAAGCCGUAUCCCUGCGACGUGUGCGGGCAGCGCUUCCGCUUCUCCAACAUGCUCAAGGCACACAAGGAGAAGUGUUUCCGCGUCACCAGCCCCGUCACCGUGCCCGCGGCCGUGCCCAUCCUGCUCUCCUCCUCCUCCUCCUCCUCCCCCGCCGUGCCCGCCGUGCCCGGGCCCCCCUCGGCCCCCGCCCCGCCCGUGCCCCUGAGCCCCGUCAGCGCCGCUCCCCCCCGGCCCGUCCCGCACCCCUACUCGCACCUCCACCUGCACCCCCACGCCCACCACCCCCACCACCUGCCCGUGCCCCCCGUGCCACACCUGCCUCCCCCCCCGGCCCUGUUCAAGAGCGAGCCCCUGAACCACCGCGGGCAGAGCGAGGAGCCCUUCCUGCGGCACCUGGCCGAGAAGAACAGCCCAGCCCAGCACCACUGACGGCCCCGGCGCUGCCCCUCCAGGGUACCGGGGUUACUGGGGGAGGAUCUCUGGCUCAGCCCCCCACGUGCCCCCGGAAUCACUCAACGAGGAAAAACAAAACCCCCCGAUUUUGGUCGGCGCCCGUUUCCGAACCCCGGGACCGACAGGACCGAGGGAAAAACCCCCACUUGGGUCGUGGUUUCUUUUCCCCCCCCUCCUCCCGGUGACUUUUAUGAAUUUCAGACACUGAGACUCGUGGAAUUUUAUAAUUUCAUAUCAGCUGAUGAGGUAUGCUUGCUUUUAUAUCCCGGACUUCUCCUCAAAGAGGAGACAGGCCUGGUUUUCUUUGUACUAAUCGGAAAGGCUGUGAGAUUAAUACAGAGCAUUAAUUGUAUCACUGUGUAUGUAACGGAUUCCUUUCAGCUUCUGGUAUCACAGUAUAUUGGAGCAUUAUAAAGAAAGGCAAAAAAAAAAACCCCCUCCUUGUUUUGUGUAGCUCUCCUAACACACUCUUUAUUUUACUACAGAAAUUAUUUUAGAGUUUUUUGUAUAGACCUAUUUAGUAGUCUGUUUCUAAAAACGAAAAUUGUAUUUCAAUAAGCGGUGUAAUUUUUUCAGUGUAGCUGGACCUAUGUUGUAUAAUAGAUAAAUUUUUAUAAUCAUCGAAAAAUGUGAUUCUUAAAAAAAAAAAAAGAUGCUUAUAGCUUCUAUAGUUAAAGUUAUUCUUACAACCACACGACUUAAAGGUGCUUCAGAGAAGAAAGGAAACCAAGAGGUCUCUGGAAAAGUUGCCUCGAAAAAUGAUGUUUGAUUUCAGAACUUUACGUAAUUUAUUUUAACAGGGCUUUUUUUUUUUGUCGUUGUUGUUGGGGUUUUUUUAACCUUGUUUCCCUCAAGCUGCUGGGAUGAGGAUGUUGGGAUACAACAUCCCUGCUCCACAGGUUUGCUUUAGCUGGGUUGGAGUGAGGUGUGUGAGGUGGGUUGGAAAGGGGGAUCCUGGCACAGAGGGACCUGGUAAUUUGGGAAUAGGAAGUCCCCAAAGUGAGGGAUGUGACAGCAGGGAGGAGAUGGAGUCUCUCAGGUGAGCCAAGGAUCUGUUGCUGUGGGAGAGUUGGAGUCAGGGGCUUCCCAUGGGCUGAGUUAAGUUGGGGAUCACAUCAAAUGCUGCUCUUCAGACAAGGGGCUUGUGGAAUUCCUGGAGUGCCAGGAGAGGGGAGUGAGGUGGGAUCACAGCCCUGUUCCUGCCAGGUUGGGUGGGAGAGGGAGAGCGGGAGUUUGGGUGAGAGGAUGGGGCUGCACCUGAGCUCCCUCCCAUCCUCCCUCCCAUCCUCUCCAUCCCAUCCAAACCUGCAGGAAAACUGGGACGGUCCCUGAGGGUCAGAGGCACGUUUUUGGCAAAUGUGGAGUUUUAGGAUUGGGAACUGGAUCCCUGUUUGAUAAUCCUGGGAGGACAGGAGUGGGAAGGGUGCCCAGGGCAGGACUGUGUCUGUGUGACCAGGGAGCAGCUGCUGCUCCCCAGCUCUGGGUUCCUCCCCAGCCAGACCCACCUGGAGCUCAUUUCUGCAAUUUCUGCCAUCCAGGGGCUGCUCCCUCUCCAUGAAGGCAGAGGCCCAAGCACUGUACUGUAAGUCCCCUUUUCCUUGAAAUUCCCCCUCUUUGUGCUGCUUUUCCCAUCCAGACUCCACAUCCAGAGACCCUCUUGGGCAGAGGGGGAGGGAUGACCUCGGGGUUGUUCCUGAGGGGAUUGUUCCCCAGGAGAGCAGGGAUGGUGGAAUUCCUCCCCAAGGACUGUGUUUGUCAGACACCGAAUCCUCUGCUGAGAAACAGCUCCUCAGCUGAUGGUUUUUUCACCAUUUUCUACCACUCACGUUGGGUUUUCCAUGACAUAGGAAACUUCAGGAACCAGGAAGGGCAGUUUUGGCCCAACCAACUCAUUUUUGACUGAGCUGAAACCCCUCCCAGCAUUUCUGAAAGGAAAAGAAUAAUGAAACAAUGCUUUUUAAACGUUUUCUCUAUCAUAUUUAUACCCACCCCUCUUACCCUCUAGAAGAAAAAGCCAAUUAUGAGAGUGAGUUUUGAAUUUCCACUGCUGAUUUAAACUGUUGUGUUUCCUGUGCCUGGUCCACCCUGGGGGUUCUGUGCAUUCCACAUCACAUUUGCAACCUGCAGUUUCUGUUGUGCCACUAUUUUAUGGUCAGGCCUGUUAUUAAAUGAUUUUUAAAUGCUUAAAAAGAAAAAAACAAAACAAACAAACAAACAAACAAAAAUCUUGGUAAAUCAAUUGUAUUCCAGUUUUGCAAAAUGAUUUUCUUCUCAAUAAAUUUACAGUAUUAGGCUGCUAUUCAGAAUUCUAA